GGCGUGUCAUAUGCGCACGCAUCAGCCGAAAAUGGCCGACAGUAGCAAGAAAGACAAAAUUGCAGCUGCAAAAAAGAAGGUACUGUAAAGACCUCCAAGGAUAUCUGUUCAGUUUGGGGUGUCGGUGCAUUCUGGCUACUAACACGUCCCUCGUUCCUGGGUCCGAGUGCGAAUAGCGAUCUGUCCGCUGAGCUUUCUGCUAACCCUGCAACUAGGAAACAAUAUUGAAACAGUUUCAGCAGCGUUCAGGGCGCACGCCUAGCCGAUCACCUGCUCGCCAAGCACCUCCUCACACUGCUGCUGUUGAUGAGUGUGAGGGCAGUGUCAAGGACAAUGAUAAGACAUCACGCAAGUCUAGUUGCAACAUUUCACCAGCUUCCCAAGAGCUAGUGAUCAAUAUCAGUAACAGGGGUCGACCUGUCAGUAAAGUUUUGGGAAAUUUGCAGACAUCAAGCCAGAAUGAGCCAAAAACAUCCUUUGGAACAAACAUGGAGAGCCAAAACAAUUCAUCGCAAGCCUUUGCUCCUUGGUUUCCCUCAGCCAGGACUACAGCAUCCACAGAGAGUCUGCACCAGCUGUCACGGCAACUGAAUGGUUUGCUAGCUGAGACUGCUGAGUUCACUGGAAAUGGUGAUGAGUCUGGAAAUUCUAGUGUAGAGGAGCUUGAGAAAAGAAACAGAGAAUUGGCAGCCUCACUGGAGCUACAUUCACAAGCAAAUGAGCAGCUAAACACUCAAAACCAGCAGUUGAGAGACCGUGUAAAGAACCUGCAAGAGCAGUUAGAGAGUGAGAAGAACACUUUUCAUGAAAAGUACAAAAAGGAUGUUGCUUCCUUGAAGGAACAGCUGCAGGUCCAUAUUCAAACAAUUGGCAUCCUUGUAGCAGAAAAAACAGAGCUACAGUCACAAGUGGGCCAGUCCCAGAGGAUAGCAGAUCAAAGAUUAGAGGAGAUUGAGGAACUGAGUGGGCGGCUAAAAGCAUCAAGACAGCGGGUAGCUGAUCUGGAAAGAAGCUUGUCAACAUCAUCUCAGUCAGGCCAUCAGCUAGAGAAGCUGGAACAGGUCAACAGGGAGCAUGCCAAGGAGAUAGAUCGACUAAAAUUAGAGUUGUAUAAAUCCAACAAAGGUCUUGAAGAAAGCCAGCAACAAAUAUCAGAACUUGUUUCAAAAUUGAAUUCCAAGGGUAAAGAGACAGAAGAACAGGAAGCUACAAUAGAAGACCUCAGAAAACGUCUGGAGAUGGCAGAGAUCUAUGCCCAGCAGUUGUCAAGUGAGACUGAGAGUUAUGGUGGCAAUGUGAAGAUGAUAACAGAUCUGGAGACAGAGAAAGACACACUGCAGCUGAAAAUAAAACAGAUUGAAGAGAGCCUACAGUCCGUGAGACAGGAGAAAGAGCAAAUUCGUGACCACUUUCAGCAGAAUGCAGAUCAGCUGACUCACCAGAUCCAGCAUUUGACAAAGCAGGUGGCAGCACUGUCUGAAGAAAGGGAAAUACUGCUUGUAAAGCAGCAUGAACAGGAAAGUGUGGUGCUGGAGCUGCAGCAUAAAUUGCAAAAUUCUGAAAACAAUCAACAGAAGGGAGAAAAUAUUGUGGCACAAGCCCAUCUUGCUAAUGAUUUUGAACAGUUGAAGAAAGAUCUUCAGGAACUUCAGGAAAGGCAUGAAGCACAGAUACGCGACAAUGCCCAGCUGAGCAGAUUGUUGGAGGAACGAGAGCUGACAGUGCUAGAGCUGGAGCAGCAGGUGGAGCAGAUGGGGUCAGAGGUUGGGGAUCGAACUCAGCUGUUGGAAAGUGUACAAAGUGACCGCACAGCUCUGUCACGUGCUCUCAGCCAGAACAAGGAACUCAAGAUUCAGCUGGCAGAACUUCAGAAUGGGUUUGUCAAAAUGAGUAAUGACAACAUGGAGUUAGUAACCAAGCUACAGGCAGUGGAGCAUAGCAACAAUGACAUGGCUGCACGGCUGGCAAUUCAAGAAGAUGACACAAAAGAUUUACGAGAGCUAGUGUCUAGAAAGGAGCAGGAAGUGCAGGCCUACAAGGAGGAGCUGCAGGUUGUCCAGCGCCAGCAAUACCAUCAAGACCAGAUACAGGACCGGCUCAGACACUAUGAGGCCCAGGCACAACUGGUAGAGACACUACAAAACGAACUGACUUCUGCACAGGACAUGAUGGAGGCACUGACUACUCAGAAUAGUGAACUGCGCACCAUGCUCAUUAAGGCAACUGAGGUGAAGCAGCAUCCAGAGAGCAGUGAUGAAAAUGGGGCCUCAUCACAUCGUGACGAACUGAUUGAAAGUCUGACAGCAUCUAUCAGACAGCUGGAGAUGGAACGUACUCAACUAUAUGAAAACCUCAAGGAACAGCGGCAUCUUUCUGACAACCUCAGUGUGAAGGUUGCCGACCUGCAGGAAGACGUGAUUAGAAAAUCUACAGACUAUGUGAACUCUGACAAGAUCAGUUGGUCCGAAUAUGAACAGCUGAAGACAGCCAUGGAGAUGAUUCAGGAAAAAUACACCCGUGUCAUGAAAGACAAGGCAGAGCUGUCAGACAAGGCUGAUCAGCUGGAGCACCUGGUGGUACAACUGCAAGGAGAGACGGACACCAUCGGCGAGUACAUCUCUCUCUAUCAUCACCAGCGGGCACUCCUGCAGCAAAGGGAGUUGCAGAAGAAUGACUACAUUUCUCAGCUGGCUCGUGACAGAGAACAGUUGCAGGACAAGUUGGGUGAAUUGCAAGCCCUUGUCAUGCAAUUGUUAGGGGAACGAAAGAUGCUACACAGCUACCAUGAAGAAUCAGGUGCUGGUACUCAACAACAGCAUGAUGGUCACCACCACCAUCACCACCCGCACCACCCGCACCACCAUGCUUCCCUAGAUCCAACCAUCCAGCCUCAUCUGACACCACACAAGAGUGUGAUGAAUGGUCCAGUGGAGAACAACUAUCAAGACUGGCCUGAUUAUACAAGUUCAGAGUCAGACACAGAGAGUGAAGUUGAGCCAAUCGUUGGGGGAACAGAUACAUCCCCUCCCAGCCUUCUCCAGGAAGCAUCAGAUGAGAUGGUGACACAGCACACUCAUGACCCGGAACAAUCUUCAGGACAGCAUCACACACAUUCCCAUAGCUCCUGCACUGUGACUGGUAAUGCCUGCACCAUUCGUGAGGAGGACCAGACUGCUCAUCGUAUUCUAAACCUUCUUUCUGAGUUGGGACACUCUAACCUCGUGGAAAAAGUCCCCUUUGCUGAAAGGAACUUCCUACCCUGUAAAUACUGUAAGGGUGCCAUACAGGUAAUAUGAAGAUGCCCUAGCAACCUCGUCUUCAACAUCUCUAAGUGAACACAAAGCUGGAUAAACAGCAGAUGCCUGCCAACCAUCAUGGUGGAACUUAGCAGAUGGCUGUUUUCAUGGUCUUUGGUUUGGAAAAUAAAAGCACAUAUUGUGGAUGAGUAUACCAGACUUUUCCCUCCACUUGAUUCAAGUUGUGAUGAAUUUAUAAGGUCUGCUUCAGAAGUGCUGACAUCGAUGAUACAGACAAUAAACAGACAGGGCGACAGGAAUAGGAGGGGGACAAGAAGGAAGGGGGAAAAGUACCAAAUGGCUCUUUGAAACAAAUGUCAGUGGCCUUAAAAUCUUCAAACAUUCUUUAUGUACAUUUGCAGUCAGAGUAUGUUGACAAUGAAAUAGGGAAUUAACAAGAAGGCAAGAGGAUUCCCUUCAUAAAUCAAGGUACAGACACAGGACUGUGCUGAUUCUAGUGAAUUCUGUGACUUGGCUGUGGAUUGUUUAAAGUGAGAGCCAAGACUUAAAGAGCUAAAUCUAAAUGUGGGAUUUGGUGUAGCACAUACGCAUCAUGAGUAACUCUUAUUGUAGUGCAGAUUAUAUAGUUGUAACAGUCAUUUUGAUGUGUAUGGAAAAUGCUUUAUGUAUGACAAAUCUGGUGUGUGACUGUUUAUCCCACUACUGUUCCUGCCAUCAUCGUCAUCAUCAUUGUUGUCAGUUUUUGGGGGAGUUCAUAAUUUAGGUUUUACUUGAAAUAUGCAUAUGUAAAGAAUGGCACAAUGCACUACUAACAUUGAGGGUGCUGCCUAGCUUGGUGGUUAGUAUACUUGACUUUGGAAUGGAAAGUCAUGAGGUGGAGGAUUGCUUUAUUCCUAUGAUUAGAAAACUCCUGCCCACAGUAUAAGGAUACCUGAUUUAUCAGGGAAGACAGCAAAAGGGGAGUCUAACUCCUCUUCUCACAUGCCAUGCCCUACACAUGAUGGUGAGCAGCUUACUGUUUAUUCCCUUAUGGCCACUAGGUUUAGGAUCCUUUCCUAGUCACCUUUUUCAUUUUAAAGCAAUCUUAACUACAGCUAGUAUUACAAAGUUGCACCAAUUUUUGGGAACCAAAAAGCUAUUUUCCCCACCUCCCCAGAUGGGUCCAAAUCAUUCAGCAAUAAAUGCUGGAAAAAAGAUGCUUACUUUUGUUAGUUCGUCACUAUAUUUGAACCAGACUUUGAUCACUGGGUUGUAAUAGAGAUGUAUAACUGAUAUUUUUUUAUUUAUGGCUAGCAAAUAAUUAGCAAAAUAUUCAAUAAUUUUGUUAACACUUGAGUUGGGAAAGGUGAUUUCACCUCUCUUUCUUUACAUGGAGCCGUAAACUUUUUCAUACAAACUUGUGAACAUAUAUAUUAGUCCCUUUUGUCAGAUCUUUAAAUGCUUUCUUAACAGACCAUACAACAGUGCUACACUGUCACACUGAGCCAUCAGUCUGUCGAUACUUGUGAAUGUUUUAGACACAGUGUGCUUGCCUGCUUGAGUAAAUUCUGUCACCAGUUCAUUGCUAGCAUAUUAAUGAGCAGCCAAAAAUGUAUUAGCAGUUUCAUCCAUUGCAUUCUGUAUCCAGAAUCUUGAAAUCAGUAGGUCUCAAUGUUUUUGCAUUAUUCACUUGAGUCUUUUCAGUGUGCAUGCACUGUUGUAAUAUUUAUUUACUCACUGGAUAAAGAGUUAAUCAUAAAUGUGCAUGUAGAAAGUACAUUCAAGUCCUGGUAGUUAGUGACAUUGCAGCUGUGCUAAAAAAAGAAGCAUUGGUCCUGGCUUUAAAAGUUGCACGUUAAAAUGGUCAUGUAUGCCCAUGAAUGCUUUUUCCCCUGUGCAACACAGCAAACAUGAAGGUGAAGACAAAACUGACCAAAGUGUGGGAAGUUAAGAAGGCUGCUAAGGGCUGAUUAUUCAUUAUCAAGGGGCUGUCAUUAUCUGUCAGCUGUUGGAUUGCUUUUAAAGCUUUAAGAGAAAUCGUUUAGAAUUGUUUAGAAAGGCAAUGCUGGAAACACUUUUCAGUGUAAAGCAGUUAAUGUAAUUUUUCUGUAUUAAAAAGCAGCAUGGGUUAGAUAUUCUUCUUUUAUCGAGUCUUCUUUAAACUAAGGAUUAUGGUACUAACAUAUGGUGGAGCGUGAAAAUCUGGCCCAUCUCCAGGCCAGUGUGGGCAUACAUUUCAGACUUUGUACAGCAAAAUAAAUUUAAUGCAAAGAUGUGUACCUAGUGGCUAGAGAAGGUGCUGAGAGUGAUCUAGAUGUGUUAGUGUGCUUUUGUUUUUAUGGCAUCAUUGGUAGAGAGUACAACAUAUGUUGAACAAAUUCUGCAUCACACGUUUGUUGCAGCAGCUUAUGUUUUGACUUCAUAGGACUUUUAGUCAUUCAUGUUGAUGAUAGCAGAUGAACAGACAGAGCUUGAUUUUUUUUUCCAUUUGCAGCUGACCCUGUUAUAUUACACUUUUUCGCCAAAUCUUGUAUGCUGCUUGUUGCUGGUAGGCCAGUUCAAGGAAACUUGCCAGCAGAAAUGUCCCACAUUUCCUUAAUGGUACCAAUAUGCAUAGGCCUCUACUGGUUUGAUUCUUUGCUGCAGAAAACGUCUUAAAGGUUAUAGAAUUUUAUUGGUAAAUUGUCUGUAAAACUUGACUUGGGGCCUGGGUGGGGAAAAACAGUGUUGAUUUUGCACAGAAUAGGAAAAGUAAAGCGUGGUGAAGAGAUGUCCUUUGUAGCUUGCAAGACUUAUGUUUCAUUUUUGCUUGGUGGGACCAGUCAUUGUUGGCAUAUAGAGUGGAUGUUUUUCAAAAUUUCUUCAGAAGUUAUACUGUAUGCAUUAUAAGUUGUUCAUUAUAUAGUGCUUUUUCUUUAAAUCAACUGUGGAUUAAAUGCAUGGAGCAUAGGAUUAUGUAUCUUUAGUUUUCAGGAAUUGCCCAGCAACUUAUAACCAUUCUUAUGGUAUGCAGUGAUUACAUUUAAAAUUCUCAUCUAGUGGAUACUUUGAACAUUAGGUUUUGACAUAACAAGUCUCUCCUUUCAGUCAGUGUAGACUGUUUUGAUAUAACAUGUCCCUCCUUUCAGUCAUUGUAGACUGUGUUGUCGAAAGGCAAGUUUUUAACGUAGGACAAGCCCCUUACGUUUGCAAGUUCACCUCUCAAGCAUACAAAUCUAUGAAUCAUCUGUGGUAUGCCAUUUCCAACAUGCAAAGACCGCUGAAACUGGCUUUUAUGAGUGCUCGCAUUUUGUUAAUCCUGUUAUUAUGUUAAAUGAUAUAGGCCCAUUUAUGUUCCAAACUAGGACAUUCUGAAAAGUAAUGAAGAUUAGCUACAUGUAAAUAAUCCUAAUAAAUGUUCUUUUUGUUGUUCAACAAAAUUUUUCCAUUCCAGGUUUUGUGUACACUUGUCUCAUGACAAGAUUUACUUAAUGGGAAAGUUAGGUAGUUAAUUUGUUCUUCUUUAGUAACACACCUUGGUGACAAUUUUUAUCUCUUGACUGCUUCUAAGGCUUGACAUUCCAUUAGUGAAGGGAGCGUGACAAGUUUAACUAGCCAGUCUUGAGAGUUUCUGCCUGUUCGACUUAGCUUGUGUUGUUCGAGUCUUGAAGCUGUGCUUUCUGCUAGGUAAUAUUGCCCCAGAUUCUUUCACUACUUACAGUAUGUUAUGAGAGAUUCAGUUUGUGAAUGUGCUAUUAUAUGAAUGAUAACAGAGGCAUAUGGUAUGAAUGUUUACACAUAUGAUAAAAACUGAUUUUGUGAUCAUCCCAGUGCCUGGCAAUGAACUUUGGAAUGCUGCGCUGCUUAGGAGAGGCUAAAGCAUGAACUACAGGAGAAUGUGUUGUAACAUAGGGAAUGAUAGAUGUCAUGUGCUAUUUGCAUUAGUGGGUUUGGAGAACUGAAAACAUCUAUAGCUGUGUAGUUCUCCUGGUCUUCUGGAUGCAGUGUGUAAAAUGCUUUUGUUUCAGUGCAAGAGAUGUAUAUCUGCACACAACUUGUUCAUCCUUAUUGUUUUGUUCAACUACUGAAGUUUUGUAUGGUUGGGGAUAUGGGCUGUUCUACAGAUAGCAUUGGAAAUAUUUGUUUAAAGUUUUGUCUGUGGUAGUAAUUAAGCAAGAUCUGGUUAUCAGUAAGGUUUGAAAAGUAGUCCUCAAAUGCUAUUUUCAUGAUGCAAUAAUGUAAGGUUUGUACAGAAAUAUGAGAGAGAAGUCAGGGUGUAUCAUUGUGUAUAAGAAUUUACUGUGCUGCAUGGGCGUUCAUGUGAUAUUCACUGUUAAUAAUACGCUGUUAGUAAUAUACAGUCCAUAAAAUAGCUACUUUAAUGUGUAACGUUUAGUGUUUUAGAUUAACUUAUUGCAUUCUUUAAAAAGAAUUUCUGCAUCCUAUUUAUGUGAUGGAAGGGGAAAAUUUUGCACCACAAAUUGUUUUAAAAUAAAACUUCAUCAUCUGAAA